AUGAACAGGAGGAGAAACAAUAACGAAGAAAACGAAGAGGAGAGAGGAAUUCCUUCAAAACUUUUACAGCAGAUACAAACAAAGGAGGACAAAGGUGACUACAACGAUGAGGAUAGAUUUACAAAGUUCAACUCCAAGAAGAGAAAGGAAAAGCCUUUGUCAAGAAAAGACAGAAGACAGCAAGAAAGACAACUAAAGAAACAAAAGAAAAACACCAAGCCAAUUAAUAACGAAGCCAAAAGGAAAGCAAUCACAAACAAUAAUAAAGAUUCUCGCGCAGACUUUAAGGCAUUGAAGACUAACAGGGCGCAAACUUCAACAAAAACUAUAGAUGAUCCUGUGGAGCAACUCAGAUUGUUGAAAGAAAAGAAAAAAGGAUCUCAGCCAAAUGAAUUCAGAGUUGUCAAAGCUGACGAACUCCUGGAAGAUUCUGACGGAGACGACAACUUCGAUGAUUUCGACAAUCUGGAUGAUUUCGACGAUUAUGAUGAUGAAGUAGAAGAAAAUCCAUUGGAAGUUUUAAAAAAGUUGAAGGAGGUGAAGAAAGGUUCCAAGAACAAAUCUGAAGUAAGAGUCAUCAAGUUGGACGAAUUGCUGGACGAUGAACUUUCGGAAGAUGUUUCGGAAGAUGAACUUUCGGAAGAUGAAGAAGAAGAUGAAAACGAAGACAUAGAUGACAAUGAUUCUAAUGUGAAAGACAAUUUCGAUGGCUUUGACGAAGAAGAGAAUGAAGACUCUGAGGAUGGCUUCAUCGUAGACGACGAUAACAUAGAUGCAGAUGACUUUGAUAGCUUUGAUGAAGAGGAAAUUUUGGAAGAAGAGGAAGAUCCUUUAGCCAAAUUGAAGGCAUUGAAGGAACAAAAGAGAAAUGUAAAGAAGGAUAAUAAACCAUCUAAAGAAGUCAAGAAUUCCAGAGUGAUCAGUCAACAUGAAUUAGAGCUCAUGAAAAGAGAUGAAAAUGAUAUGGAAUUCUAUGCUAAGAAGCUCGGUUUGAAGAACGGUAAAAAAUCAAAAAUUGCCAAAACAGACGAUGAUGACAUUAUUGGAGGAUUAUUAGACGGAUUGGACUUUGAUUUCGAAGAAGAAAUGGAACCACUGGAAGAAGAAGCUGAUGAUUUCGAUGAAGGGGAAGAAGAAAAUUAUUCUGGUGAUGAUUUUGAUGAUGAUGAAGAGGACGCACCAAAGAAGGAAAAUCCUUAUGUAGCCCCUAUUCAAAAUAAGACUUCGGAUGAGGUGUCAGACUCAAGUAAUCAUGCUGCUGGUUCAUAUAUCCCACCAGCAUUGCGUAGAAAGAUGGCAUUAGAAGGGGGUAAUGUUUCUGAAGAGAUUCUCAACUUGAGAAAAGCCAUCAAGGGUCCUUUGAACAAGUUGUCUGAGUCCAAUAUCAGCAGCAUUGUCAAUGAAAUCAAUACAUUGUAUUUAUCGAACUCAAGAAAUUCGGUAAAUAAUGAGUUGACUACUAUCGUGAUGGACAGUAUCAUUCAACAGGGAAGAUUGUUGGAUACCUUUGUAUACUUACACGCAACACUUGUCGUUGCUAUCUACCGUUUGCAGGGCGUCGAAUUUGGUGCUCACUUCAUUCAGUCAAUGAUUGAAAAAUUUGAAAGCUAUCAUAAGGAAACCGGAAAAGGAAAAGAAGCUUCUAAUAUGAUAUCACUCUUAUCUUCGGUUUAUCAAUUUCAGUUGGUAUCAUCUAAAUUAUUGUACGAUGUGAUCAAGGUUUUGAUAAACGAAUUAAAUGAAAACAACGCUGAACUCUUGCUCAGAUUGAUCAGAAAUUCAGGUAACCAAAUGAGGUCUGACGAUCCUUCUGCCUUGAAAGAUAUUGUAAUUCUUUUGAAUGAUGCCAAAUCAUCCAUUCCACAGUCCCAGAUGAGUACAAGAACACAAUUCUUGGUUGAAACAAUUACUUCACUUAAGAACAACAAACUUAAGAUCAACAAUGAAUCCAGUCACCAGCUCGCUAUCAGAUUGAAGAAAUUCUUAGCAACAAUCAACAACAACAAAUUCAACGAUCCAAUACAAGUUUCUCUCAAUGAUAUCCACAGCAUUGCUUCGAAAGGGAAGUGGUGGUUAGUUGGUGCUGCUUGGAAAGGUAGUGAUGGAGAUGACAAAAAUGCAGAGCCUGACCUCAACAGAGAUGCUAUCAAUGAUAUAUUAGACAACUCUGAACCUAAUUGGAUGGACUUAGCUAGAUCUCAGCGUAUGAACACUGAUAUCAGAAGAGCUAUUUUCAUAUCCAUCAUGUCAGCAAAUGAUUACAUUGAUGCAUUAACUAAGUUGGACAAGUUGGCUUUGAAACGUUCUCAAGAUAGAGAAAUUCCUCGUGUAUUGAUACAUUGUACAAGUGUUGAGCCAGCGUAUAAUCCUUACUAUGGAAUCUUAGCAAGCAAGCUUUGUGAGGAUCACAGGUAUAGAAAGACUUUCCAAUUCAUGCUCUGGGAUCUUAUUAAAGAAUUCGAAGGUUCCACUUCUGACGAAGAUGAAGAUUUUGUUGGGUUCGAUCAUGGUGAUGAUGACGAUGAAACCAAGUUGAAGAGAAUCUUGAAUUUGGGUCGAUUUUUCGGAUUUCUCUUGGCGGAAGGCUCUUUGCCUUUGCACUUGCUUAGAACUGUUAACUUCUUAACUGCUGCUAGUGACACUAUCUUGUUCAUGGAAGUUGUUUUUGUUAGCUUUUUGGAUAAUAUCGGGAAGAAGUCACAGAUCAAUUCAGUGGGAGCUGGUCUCGGUAAAAGAUCGAAGAAUAUGUAUGAACAAAAGUUCGAUGACAGGUUAUUAAUAGAGAGGGUGAUCAAAGCCCAGGAACAGAUGACUUUGCUCAGAGGAAUUCAAUUCUUCUUACAGGACAAGGUUAGAAAAAGUGAUAUUAUCUCUGGUAAGAAGCAGACCAGAAGAGUUGAGUGGGGAAUAAAUGCUAUGGUAGAUAUCAUAGAGGAAUUUGUGAGAUCUAACGACGAUAAGAACUAG